UUUCAUGAUUCACACAAGCUGAAGCUGUACUGCAGCUGCUGAGGCUUUAGUAUGAACCAAUUGCACAGCGAGGCAGAAAUACUAGAACUAAUCUAGUUCAGAUGGAUCUAGUCAUUCAGCUGGUCUAGUGCAGGCUUUAACACAACUAGGUAGUAGAAGCUACACUUGAGGAUCUCUGUGAUGCUGGAUUGCACUAACUGUGUCGUUCUGUGGCAAAGGAUCCAGAGAUGAAGAUCUGAAUAAAUUCAUAACAUUUUAACAUGUUAUGCUAUGCUGAAGCAGGACUAACUCACCACAAAUGUAGAAAUGCUUAAUCAGCAUCGCACGAAUACUGUCCACCUACAGACAGACAAAUUGGUGACAUCAUAGAGGUCUGCUUGAAACAAGAAUAUUUUAUAUAAAUACACUUCUAGAGGCAAAGUUUGGUCAAGAUGUUCUCUGCUCUGAAGAAGCUGGUUGGCUCUGAGCCGACUGCUCAGGUAAAGGACAAGAACAUCCCAGCUGGUCUGCAGUCCAUGAACCAGAGUCUGCAGAGAAGGUUUGCUAAAGGGGUCCAGUACAACAUGAAGAUAGUAAUUCGGGGAGAUAGAAACACUGGAAAGAGCACUCUGUGGCAUCGGCUUCAGGGUAAGAAGUUCCAGGAAGAGUACAUUCCCACUCAGGAGAUCCAGGCUACUAGUAUCCACUGGAAUUACAAAACUACUGAUGAUGUGGUAAAGGUGGAGGUGUGGGAUGUGGUGGAUAAAGGCCAAAAAAUCCCCCUUCCUGAAGGUGUAGGCAAGGGGAAAAAGAGAUGUGAUACAUUGAAGUUGGAGAAUGAAUCUCAAGAGCAGGCAGAGAGUGAAUUGGCCUUGGAUGCUGAGUUUGUGGAUGUGUACAAGAACUGCAAUGGUGUGGUCAUGAUGUUUGAUAUCACCAAGCAGUGGACUUAUAAUUAUAUUCUACGGGAGCUGCCUAAGGUACCCACUCAUGUACCAGUUUGUGUGCUUGGUAAUUAUCGGGACAUGGGGGAGCACAGAGUUGUUUUGCCUGAUGACAUCCGUGACUUUAUUGCUGGCCUUAACAGACCUCUGGGCUCCUCUUACAUCCAUUAUGCAGAAUCUUCCAUGAAGAACGGUUUUGGUUUGAAAUAUUUGCACCGAUUUUUCAACAUUCCAUUCUUGCAACUUCAGAGAGAGACCCUGUUACGGCAACUGGAAACCAAUCAGUUGGACAUCGAUGCCACGCUAGAGGAGCUAACUGUUCAGCAGGAGACAGAGGACCAGAACUAUGAUAUUUUCCUAGAAAUGAAUGACCCUCGUAGUAAAGGCUACAAUUCUCCCGGCCCCGCUAACGGACAGAGCCCGUCAUCUGGCUCACAUUCUCCAGUCGUCCCUCAAAGCGGAUGCUCCACCAGCAGCUCUAGCCCCUGUAGCCCCCAGCAGCCUCCCAUCCCCUCCCAGACCCUGAAGUCUCCAUCCCCCUCUCCAUCUCCACCUCCUCCCCCUCUCUCCUCUGCUCAAGCUCUUGCUACCUCUCCCUCCCCUUCCCCUGCUCACCCUGGCCCUGCGGUCUCCACUCCAACCUCUGCUUCUCAACCUCAGAAACGCAGCUUCAUCUCCAGGCUGUUCGGCUCAGCUCCAACCAAGGAACCUUCAGCAGUCACUCAGGAGCCAGAUCCGGUAUCUUCAGCGGCUCCUCCUACAGUACAGAGUGUGGAUGAUUUUGUGCCAGACGAGGGACUGGACAAAAGCUUCCUGGACGAAAGUCUUCCUUCUAACACAAGAUCCACUAUGAAUACCCAGCCCUCUGCCUCAGGCAUUGCAGAUAGUGACAGUGAUGGUGAAGGAAAAGAAGGGAACCCCAUGGUCGCAGGGUUCCAGGAUGAUUUGGACCCAGAUGAUGCAAUACUUGAACCAAGAGCAUCUGUUCCCAGUAAACACUUGGAUAUCACACUCUCCAGUGAUGAGGAGGGUCCAAAACUUGUGGUAGCCCAGGAUGAAGAUCUGGACCUUGAACCUCACAAAGACCUGGUGGCUAUGGAUUCAUUAUCGUUGGAGGACAAACCAAAACCCACAAACACAGAGCCCUUGAUCCAGGCCCAAGAAAGUGUCAGCAGUAAAAAGAUAGAAAGUUCAAUGCUUACCCCCACUUCAGUACACGCUACUCAACCAUCGCAGUCAUCAUCGCAUCCAGGAGGCCUGGCAGAGCCCCAAGCCCAGCUUGAAAAAAAGAAAGAGGGAUCAGCUCAGGCUGAGUCCUCUGACACAGACCCAGAUGUGCCUGUGGCCAAACAGAUGCUGUCGUUUGUCAUGGACGACCCUGACUUUGAGAGUGAGGAAGAACUCAUGAAGAAAGUGAUCAAGGACUCUUUUCCAGCCAGAGACGAUCUUCCUGAUCUGUCAGAUGAUGACAUCACCACAGUGAAGAUUCCUGAGCCUUUGAAACCUACUGUACUCCCCUUAAAAAGCAAGUAUGAUGGUGACCUCUUUGGCCUAGGCAUCGAGGAGAAGUCGAUCAAAAGUAAAGACAGCAGCGAUGACCAAGAUGAAAAAGAAAGCAAGCAUACCAAGGAAAAGAAGAAAAAGAAAAAGAAGAGUAAAGAGGAUGAGGACAAAAGCAGCAAGAAGAAGCACAAACACAAGAAAAAGGAAAGAGAUGAGGCAGGAGGAACUGGAGAUGACAAGGAGAAAAAAAAGAGAAAAUCACGUAGCAAGAAAGCAGAUGAUCUUGAAGCUUUUCUGGCUGGUGAAGAUGGCUCAGUACAAAGAGAGGAGGGUGACUACGAGGAGCUGUAACACUCAGCUGUACACUGUUUGCUCUGUUAAUGUGCAUUGGUACUGCAAGCAUUUACAGGCAUUUACCAUUUAAAAGAGCUCUCUGUCAAAACCAAGAAAAAUAUGCUUUCCUUGGCACCCCAGUGUAUAACUCUUGUGAUCUGACUGGUUGAAUGAUUUUCUGACAGAUCAAGAAAUGCUGCACACUGGUUAUCCAUUAGCCGCAAACGCAACUCAGUUCACCUUACCUGCGGAGGUUGGGAGGGCUAGGGUUGUCUGCACUCCUUGGGCUCAAACUGCAAUAAGUGGAGAAGCCAUGCAAAACUGUUACAUCUUGCAUGUUAUACCUUUUAAUUUUCAGAUAUUAAUGAAACAUUUUCACUUUAUCAUAACCUUGUAUUUCUUAAUGUUUACAUGCUCACUUUUAUAUGUUUUCUAUAUUUCUGUCAUGUUUGGAAUAUAUUCCAGAAGUGAACCACUACUGCUCCAAGACAAUGUUUUUCAUUGGUUAUGUUGGUUUAUUAGUUGCCUUGUGUAUGUGAAUGAAUUGGUAUUUAUGCUCAGUAGAUGUUCUGAGAGCUUGGCUUUGUGUAGUUUUCCUGUGUGUGUAGUGUUUGAAAUGAAUAUACUGUAUUUCAUGGUAGGGUUGUUUGAUUCCCAAAAUAUAUUUAGAACAAAUUUUUUUUUUAGCAAUGUAUCGGUUGAGUCAAUUUUGGUCAAUGAAUAGUGCAAAUUUAGGCAUUUUCUCAAAAUAGGGGAGUAGUUACUGCAACAGACAUUUCCCUCAUACGGCUACGCACUCUUUGAAUCAGGAAAUGCCUUAAAGGAGACUAUGCUCAAAAUUCAACACCAGACUUGAAAAUAGAUCAAGUAGGCUAACAAUGAUUGUGUUUUUUGAAAAAUUAGGAAAUGUACCUACUGUGUCAGUACCAUUUCAAACCAUUCUGGCGCCUUAGGCGAGAUCCAUAUUGGCACCCCCAUCGUGGUAUGGCAGAGGCCUCUUCUUUGGUGCCCUCCCAGCAGGUGGCGCCCUAGGCGACCGCCUAGUUCGCCUAUGCCUAGAAAUGGCCCUGUACUGUGUAAUUAUGCAACAUUUUUUUUACUUUUACUACUGUCUGUAAUUAUAGUAUUUUUGAUUAUUGCAUUUCAUCUGUUUUUGUUUGCUUUGUUUUAUGAUAAUAGUAAUUUCAAGAAAGCACUUAUGUCAU